ACCUCCGGCUCCGCCCCUGAGAAACCGCAGCAUCAAAAGCCGGUUGCAGCGAGCGCUUCCCUCCAGACGGCUGCACCAUGUCGCCCCUUGCCACCGUAGUUCUCCUUCUCACCGCCAGGGCGGCGCUGCUGUGCCCAGACUCAAACUGGGUUGCCACGGGAGACGGCGAUUGUUAUUUGCCGCUGCCUGGAGAUCUCUUCAAAACUACCGCAGAAGAUGCAGAAGUGGCCUGUCGAGAUUUUGAGCCGACUGCAACGCUGCCAGAAGUACACAACUACGAGGACCAGCUCACGCUCGACCAGCUAGCUGACGGCCUGGCCGUCUGGCUGGGCCUCUACCGCGACUCCGAGUACGACCCCUGGUUCUGGCCGAGCUCCAACGUCUCCUACUACCGCUGGGCCACCGACAACCCCGAUGAAGAUAUCUUUCUCGGAGACUGCGCCUACACCAAGGACGGCUACUGGUACAACAUGGACUGUGUCAACUCGACCUUCAGCGUCGUCUGCUUCACCACUGAUGAAGCGCUGGAGGAAUAGGAUGCAGCUGCUGAAGAGGGCUUGUCGAUGCCGGAUUUAGUCUAGAGUCUAGUUUGUUGGAGUCGUGGUUUGUAGGAUGGAACAAUGAAGCAUGGCAUGGCGUUUGUAGAUUCGCAGGAUGAAUUAUGAAAGGACGAAAAUGGGGUGGGGUUGUCGAUAUGACAGCGUUAGGUGGAAGCAGUGGUUGGCGCUGCAUGGUGUUUUGAGCAUUGAGCUAUUCAUCGCACGUGAAAUUAAGGUGAUCCAUACGUUAUAAAACAAAAUAUAAAGUGUUCACGGGCGGCCUAUGUCAUCACGUGCCAUCACUUGUCGUAUCCCAACCUUUAUUUAAGGUUUUCUGCGACGUUAAUGUAAAAAUAGAAAUUUUUAAGCAACUGAAACUAGAGUAUACAGUUUGAAGAAGCGUUGGAAGCGACUUGACUUCAGGCUUGGUUUAAAACUAACUGAAAUUGAUCCUGUUGGUAGUGAUGAGAGAUGUUCUGCAAUGUUUUGCUCCUUUUUUUAACGAUUUGUUGCCGACCUUGUAAAAAAGAAUCCAAGCUUUUAGGUCGCAUGUCUUUCAUUGGGAGGAUCGUAUGAGUGAAUAAAAUGCAUACCUUC